CCUUAUGCGUACAUAGAAUGGGAACUUGAUGUAUUUGUUGAAUGUGCUACAACUUACUAUGAUAAAUACUUUUAAUAAAAUUAACCCUGAAUUUUCAAGAAAAAGCCAAAUGAAGUCCAAUAAAUUGCUUAAGAGAAACAUUUAUAAUUCACAUUAGAAAAAUCUUUGUAUAAGUUAAAAACAUUUAAAAAAAAUGUUUGAUGCCUUAGAGGGCCAAGCUGUAAUUAUGCUGAUCAUCACUUAAUUGGAACAGUUUGCUUUGCCUCAAUCCUGGAUGAAUGAUGUACUAUACAAAAGCAGACUUUACUAAGUUCCCUUGAGCAGAUUUCAAAUUGUGGUAUAUGCAAAUAAUAAACUACCAUAUGAGGUUUAAACUAGACAGGAUCACAACUGAUUACACAGUUGAAUCACUAGGGUGAUGUAAAAUAAUUGUUCUAAAAUGCACCAUCACCAUUAAGCACUGUAGUCCCACUAUGUGCCCAGCACUGUACUAGGUGCUGGGUUUAUUAAGCAUUAAUUUGAAAAAUUGCUUUCACUUUUAAGAUUGUGAAGACAUUCCAAAACUCUUAUUCAUAUUUUUAAAGGAUAAAUGAAAUUUUGAAUGCACAAUACAGCCAUUACAUAACAGGCACAGAAUACUGUUUUAUGACUUGCAUAGUUCUUUUUAGGCACACUAGCAACUCUAUCUUCAAAUGCUACAGAAUUCUAAAGGAUAUGAAAACCUACAUAUAAAAAUGGAGUGCCUCAUACACUCAUUUGUUUUGUGUAAUAAGUGUUAUAACACAGGCAUGCCAUUUCGGAGUUUAGGGUGAGGUUCUAAGCUGUACUUUGGCGUUUCUAUAUCAAGCAAAAACAAUUUCAGCAACAGCAUUCAUUUUCCCUGGUGGUUUUUUAAUUUUUUUUUUUCUUGGCGAGUUACUAAAUGCUAGAUGCUAGAGUCGAAAAGAAACCUGACAUCUGGGGAGGUGUUGAGGGGGUGUUAAUAGUUAUAGUUAGAUGUUUGGGGAGCGUUGAGGAUAAGAUUUUAUAACAUCAAAUACAAGAGGGAAAUUAUGGUUUCGUGUGACUCUCUCCUCCCUCCACUUUCUCUCGUCACCAAUCCAUAUUCCCUCAAUUUAGAGGCGGGUUCAACGAGAUUAAGCUGCAGGAAACCCAGAGGCUCCACAGCGCUGCCGCCCGGGCCUCGUGAUGUAAUUGUUAUUUCUUAUUCGGAGACUGAACCGAGGAGAGCUGCCGACAAAGUGGCAGCCCUGUUCCGUUUGCCUUGUCUGGCAGGGUCAAAUUCUUCCCGGGGAUGAGUAUAUUCGCUGACAGGCUCCGCUGGUGACUUCGCAGUGACAAAGCAGCUGAAGAUAAAACCCUGCUCCUGGGUCCUUCGUCCGUCCAAGGAGCUGCACGGGGCACUCCUCAGGGAAUGUUUGGAUUGUGAGCUAUUUAAGCUGUUCUCAGGACCCAUUAUUUUAACAUUUGGGAGAACUACAUCCAGAAGAUGCACCCUGGACUGAAGGAGGAGUGAGGAAUCUGAAGACUCCAGAUGACAUCAGAGCUACUUUUCAACAGCCUUCUCGGUUUCCUUUCUCAGAAAGCAGAGACUCAAACCUUGGAGACAGACGAACACUGGUGUUUGCAUUUAAUGAGGAACAAAAACUGAAGGAGGAGGAGCAGGACAGUGACUGAGGGUUCGCGCCGCUUGCCGCUGCAGACCUCCACGUUAAGGAAUUCUGCUGCUGCCUCUUGCUUAGGAGUUGAUCAGCUCUGUGAUCAGACUGCAUAGGAGGGAGCCUGCCUUUUAUCUUGUCAUUGUCAGAAGAAAUCGUGGUCGGAAUGUAACAGUACAUCACUGUUUAAUUGCUAUGGAAGGUGGUGAACUGACUCUCACUUAUUAAAGUUACAUCUCACUCACCCACAGAAAACCAUUUUUUAAAGUGAAUAGAAACCAAGCCCUUGUGAACACUUCUAUUGAACAUGACUCAUGGAGAAGAGCUUGGCUCUGAUGUGCACCAGGAUUCUAUUGUUUUAACUUACCUAGAAGGAUUACUAAUGCAUCAGGCAGCAGAGGGAUCAGGUACUGCCGUCGACAAAAAGUCUGCUGGGCGUAAUGAAGAAGAUCAGAACUUUAGCAUUUCUGGUAAUGCCUUCCCCACCUGCCCAAGUAAUGGUCCAGUUCUCAACACACAUGCAUAUCAGGGAUCUGGCAUGCUGCAUCUCAAAAAAGCCAGACUGUUGCAGUCUUCUGAGGACUGGAAUGCAGCGAAGCGGAAGAGGCUGUCUGACUCCAUUGUAAAUCUGAACGUCAAGAAGGAAGCUUUGCUCGCUGGCAUGGUGGACAGUGUGCCCAAAGGCAAGCAGGACAGCACGUUGCUGGCCUCUCUGCUUCAGUCGUUCAGCUCGAGGCUGCAGACUGUUGCUCUGUCGCAACAAAUUAGGCAGAGCCUCAAGGAGCAAGGAUAUGCCCUUAGCCACGAUUCUUUAAAAGUGGAGAAAGAUUUAAGGUGCUACGGUGUUGCAUCAAGUCACUUAAAAACUUUGUUGAAAAAAAGUAAAGCUAAAGAGCAAAAGCCUGAUACCAAUCUUCCUGACGUGACUAAGAACCUCAUCAGAGAUAGGUUCGUAGAGUCACCUCAUCAUGUUGGACAAAGUGGAGCAAAGGUCAUGAGUGAACCCUUGUCAUGUGCUGCAAGAUUACAGGCUGUUGCAAGCAUGGUGGAAAAAAGGGCGAGUCCUGCCACUUCACCCAAACCUAGUGUCGCUUGUAGUCAGCUAGCAUUACUCCUUUCAAGUGAAGCCCAUUUACAGCAGUAUUCUCGGGAACAUGCUUUAAAAACACAAAACGCAAACCAAGCGGCAAGUGAAAGACUUGCUGCUAUGGCCAGAUUACAAGAAAAUGGCCAGAAGGAUGUUGGCAGUUUCCAGCUCUCAAAAGGAAUGUCAAGCCAUCUUAAUGGUCAAACAAGGACACCAUCAAGCAAAUUAAUGGCCAGCAAAAGUACAUUUCAAAACCCAAUGGGUAUCGUUCCUUCUUCCCCCAAAAAUGCAGGCUAUAAGAACUCACCGGAAAGAAACAACGUAAAACAAGCUGCUAAUAAUAGUUUGCUUUUACAUCUUCUUAAAAGCCAGACCAUACCUAAGCCAACGAAUGGACACAGUCACAGUGAGAGAGGAAGCCUUUUUGAGGAUAGUAGCACGCCUACAACUCUUGAUGAAUACUCAGAUAACAAUCCUAGCUUUACUGAUGAUAGCAGUGGUGACGAAAGUUCUUACUCCAACUGUGUUCCCAUAGACUUGUCUUGCAAACACAGAACUGAAAAACCAGAACCCAGCCAACCUGUUUCUCUGGAUAACUUAACUCAAUCCUUGCUCAACACCUGGGAUCCCAAAGUCCCUGACGUAGAUAUCAAAGAUCAAGAUACCUCAAAGAAUUCUAAGCUCAGCUCACACCAGAAAGUAACACUUCUUCAAUUGCUACUUGGCCACAAGAAUGAUGAAAAUGUAGAAAGAAACAACAGCCCUCAGGAAGUACAGAGCGAUGUGACAAAGUUCAGCACACAGACUUACAUGAGGACUUCUGUCAUAGAAAGCCCCAGCACACACAGGACUACUCCAGUCAGCACUCCGCCGUUACUUGCAUCCACCAAAGCAGAAUCUCCCAUCAACCUCUCCCAGCAUUCUCUGGUCAUCAAAUGGAAUUCUCCACCAUACGCCAGUGGCACUCAGUCUGACAAGCCAGCGAAUACCGUAUCGAACCACUUGAUGGACCUUACAAAAAGCAAAGAAUCGCAAGGAGAGAAACCAGUCCAAAAUGAAGGUGCACAAAACUCUGCCACUUUCAGUGCCAGUAAACUGUUACAGAAUUUAGCGCAAUGUGGAAUGCAGUCUUCCACUUCAGGGGAAGAGCAGAGACCCAGUAAGCAGCUGCUGAGUGUAAAUACAGAUAAACCCAUGGGUAUGAUCGAUAGAUUAAGUAGCCCUCUGCUCUCAAAUAAAACAAAUGCAGUUGAAGAAAAUAAAGCAUUCAGUAGUCAAGCGACAGGUUCUGAACCAAGACUUUCUGGUUCUGAAAUAGAAAAUCUGCUCGAAAGGCGCACUGUCCUCCAGUUGCUCCUGGGAAACCCCAACAAAGGGAAGAGUGAAAAGAAAGAGAAAAUCCCUUUAAGAGAUGAAAGUACUCAGGAACAUGCAGAUAGAGCUUUAAGUGAACAAAUAUUGAUGGUAAAAAUAAAAUCUGAGCCUUGCGAUGACUUACACAUUCAUAAUACAGAUGUGCACUUGAGCCAUGAUGCGAAGGGCGCCCCAUUCUUAGGUAUGGCUCCUCCCGUGCAGAGAAGCGCAGCUGCCUUACCAGCUCCCGAGGACUUUAAAUCGGAGCCCAUUUCACCUCAGGAUUUUUCUUUCUCAAAGAAUGGCCUGUUAAGUCGAUUGCUGAGGCAGAAUCAAGAGAGUUACCUGGCAGAUGAUCUGGACAACAGUCACAGAAAUAGUGAACUGGCACUCUUAGAAUCAAAGAAUCUUUACAUGGUCCCUAAGAAAAGGAAGCUUUAUGCUGAGCCAUUAGAAAAUCCACUUAAAAAGAUGAAAAAUCACGUAGUCGAUGCUGCAAGCAGCCCCAGUGCUCCAGAGGUCCUGUAUGGAUCCUUGGUUAACCAGCAAGAGCUGAAACUGAGCAGAAAUGAUCUCGAAUUUAAGUAUCCGGCCAGUCAUGGGUUGGCCAGUGAAAGUGAGCAUAGGAGCUGGGCCAGAGAGAGCAAAAGCUUCAAUGUUCUGAAACAGCUGCUCCUCUCAGAAAACUGUGUGAGAGAUUUGUCCCAGCCCAGGAGUAACUCUGUCAUUGAGAGUAAAAAGAAAGGACACAAAAAUAAUGUGACCAAUAGCAAACCUGAAUUCAGCAUUUCUUCUUUGAAUGGACUGAUGUACAGUUCCACUCAGCCCAACAGUUGCAUGGAUAACAGGACAUUUCCAUACCCAGGAGUGGUAAAAACUCCCAUGAGUCCUCCUUUUCCUGAGCAGCCCUUGGGCAUUGCGGGGUCGAGACCAGAAUGUGGGCUUUUGAAUGGGUGUUCCAUGCCCAGUGAGAAGGGACCCAUUAAGUGGGUCAUUACAGAUGUGGAUAAGAAUGAGUAUGAAAAAGACUCUCCGAGACUGACCAAAACUAACCCGAUACUGUAUUACAUGCUCCAGAAAGGAGGCAAUUCUGUUACCAGUCGAGAAACACAGGACAGGGACAUUUGGAGGGAGCCUUCAUCUGCUGAAAGUGUCUCACAGGUUACAGUCAAAGAAGAGUUACUUCCUGCUGCAGAAACUAAAGCUUCUUUCUUUAAUUUAAGAAGCCCUUAUAAUAGCCAUAUGGGAAAUAAUGUCUCUUGCCCACACAGCACAAAUGGAGAAGUUUAUGGACUUCUGGGAAACGUGCUAACAAUAAAAAAAGAAUCAGAAUGAAAUGUACCUGCCAUUCAGCUUUGGGUCUUUUUAAAACUAAUUAGUAUGAACUUGACAUCUGUAUAAAUAAGAGCAUGAUUUGAGAAAAGCAUGGUAUAAUUGAAACUUUCAUUUCUAAAAGUAUUGGUUACUGGUGAUGUUUAAAUAUGCAUACUACUUUUUGCUUUAUGUUAGAUGUCAUGAGGAAACUACUGAACUAGCAAUUGGUUGUUUAACACUUCUGUAUGCAUCAGACAACUGUGAGUAACCUAUGAAUUAAAUUCUUUAUAAUCACACAUAAUAGGCAUAAAUUAAAAUAUAAAUUUCCAUCCAUAGUGGAUUAAUGCAUUUUGCUGCCUUUAGUGGGGUACUUUAUUUUGCUUUCAGAAGUCAGCUUACAUAACACAUUUUUUAAAGUCCAAAUUGUUAAUAACUCUUUAAAGGAUAAUUAUUGAAUAAAAUACCUAGUGCCGAUUCACUUUUCAUUAUCCGAUUCAAAGAUAAAGUAGAAAAUAUAUGCUUACGUUUUUCACUUUUGCUAAAAAACGUAUUUAUUUUUAACCCUUGGAAAGGGUUUUGUGGUUCCCAAUGUGUCAGCCCACCCUAGUCCUUUUCAAUAUGUAUUUCUUUAAACCUUGUACUACUUAGUAAAAAUUGAUUACAAUUGAUGGAAGUUUGAUAGAUCCUUAAAAAAAAAGGCAGAUUUCCAUUUUUGUAUUUUAACUACUUUAUUAAAUUAAUAUUCCUCCUUUUACAAAAUUAGGAAAGUUAACAUUUAUCUUCAGAUGGUUUCCUGAAUAGUUAAUAUUUAAGGAGUUGUUUUUAACAGAAGCAAAAUGGCUUUUCUUUGGAUAGUUUUCACCAUCUCUUGUAAGAGUUACUUAUUGCCAUUACUGUGGUACCUGUGAGUCUUAGGGCGGGGGUUUCCUAAAGCUGGACUCAGACCACCCGCGUUAGAAUCAUCUGGGGCAUUUGUUUUUAAAAUGCAGAUUCCUAGGCAGCAUCUCAGCUCUACAGAACAAGAAUCUCUGCUAAGCGGACCUGGGAACCUUCAUCUGCAUUUAAGAAGAAACUCCCUAGGUGUUUCUUCUACACACUGAAGUUGGAGAACCAUUGCUUAUAACUAACUUUUCUCAGAACACAGGACUGUAAAAAAAACUAUUUGAUGCCUGUAUUUUCCCCAGUACAGUCACACAUCAACUAAAUAUUUGCAAUAUUGUAGUUCAUAUAUUACCGUUAUAUCUUUGGAUAUCGGGUUCAGAACACUUUUUAUGACAAAAAUACUGGGUGGAGGGGACAACUUUCAUAUCUGGCUCAACAUCUCAGGAAAAUCUGAUUAUUUUUGUGUUCUAAUGAAUAACAUCUACUUAACUAGCCUUAGGGAUGGAAAACAGGGCCACUUAACCAAACUCAGGUGAUUCCAGGAUGGUUUGGAAACUUCUCCUGAAAACAUCCUUAACUUCUAUUAAAAUCAUUGUCCUAAGAACAAUGCUGACAAAGAUGAAAACAUUUAUUUCAAACCCAAGAAAGGCACUAAACUCAGAUCGAUUAAACAGAAAAGUACAAAGGGCACAUAUACUUGACAGAAGAGAAUUGUACACAGUCACUCCAUUGAUCUGUUAUUUUUAAAAUAGUGGUUAAAAUUAGUAAACAAUGAUUUUUUUGUCUUGGAAGAACUUAUUGAGCCACAUGGGGUUUCAAUCAUGAAACAAGUCUGUUUUUUUAAGUUCAGUUUUUAUAACCCACAAUUCAUUCACCAGAUAUUUUUGUUUUUAAUUUUGAACCAGGUUAGCAACUGAUCUAUCAAAAAAAAAAAUGUUAUAUAAUCAACUGUUAUUAGAAGGAAAUCUAUUUGAAGUUGUUCUACUUGAAGUUAUUUCUAAGAUUUUUAUAUUAAUGAGUGUUAUUUCUUAAUAUGAUCUAAAACCCUAAAUGAUUAUUUUUUUUCUCAAAAUGAUUUGUAAAUAGGUACUGGAUAUAUUGUAAAAUAAUAGUCAGGAGUGCUACAUCAUGGAGAGAUGAAGGCGUAUGUUUAUUCUGAAAUGAAAAUUCCACUGGCCAAUGAAUAUAAUCUACUCCAUCCCAUAUUUACUGUGUGGCAAUCUUAUUGUCGACACUAUAUAAAUAAACUUUUAAACAAGUCUUUUUUUUUCUGCCAUUGUAAAAGAUCUGGAGCGUUAGAGAUAUACUAGAAAAAAUGGGCUUUUACAAGGAGGUGAAAUUUAGGUCAGGGAAAAGAAUAUCAAGGGCCAGCAUUGCUAUUUGGUUUGUUUGUUUGGGUGGGUGGUUGGUUGUUUUUGUCGUUUACAGUUAAAGGAAUGAAGAUAUGUAAUACAUAAAUAAACAUAACCACACAGAAUGCUAUUCUGAUUUACUAGAGAAUGUCCCCAGUUUGAUUUCAGGAUGAUUUUAAAGAACAGAAAAGGCAUACAUCCAUAAAUUAUCUUUGUUUAUGCAUAUGUAGAUAAAGGAUACACACUUUCAAGGACUAUUUUAAAUAUCUAGAUAAGUUCUUCCUAAUAAAUUCAUUUGUGAAAGGGUACUACAGCUCUCAUUGACAUCAGUAAGGUAGCAUUACCUGUUUAUUCUCUGCUGCAUCUUACGGAAGAGUAAACUGGUGAGAGUAUAUAUUUUAUAUAUAUAUAUAUAUAUAUAAUUGUGUGUGUAUAUAUAUAUAUAUAUAUAUGUAUAUGUAUAUAUAUAUAUAUAUAUAGACUUGUUACAUGAAGAUGUUAAAAUCGGUUUUUAAAGGUGAUGUAAAUAAUGAUUUCCUUAAUGAAAAAUACAUAUUUUGUAUUGUUCCAAUGCAACAGAAAAGCCUUCUAAUCUCUUUGGUUUCUGUAUAUUCCAUGUAUAAGUGUAAAUAUAAUCAGACAGGUUUAAAAAUUGUGCAUGUAUGUAUACAGUUGCAAGUCUGGACAAAAUGUAUAGAAUAAACCUUUUAUUUAAGUUGUGAUUACCUGCUGCAUGAAAAGUGCAUGGGGGACCCUGUGCAUCUGUGCAUUUGGCAAAAUGUCUUAAGUCAAAUCAGAUGUUCAUCCCAACAUGACAGUAUUCCAUUUCUGGACAUGACUUCUGUGGUUUAAGCUUUGUGAAAGAAUGUGCUUUGAAUCCAAGGGUCUUAAAAUUUUUUAAAUCAAGUCAACCACUUUUCAACAUAGAGAGUCCACACAACUACUUUCAUGAAUUUUUUAAUCCCAUUGGAAAUGUAAUAUUAUACCAGGAGUAUUCCAAGAUACUGGAAUACAGGCACAUUACCAUUCAUGGUAUGAAUUCUGGGGUUUACACAGCCAAUUUUGAUGUGAUCUACUCAGUAAUAUAAUUUGUCAUUUUUAUUAGAAACUUAAUUUCUUCAUGUGAUGUCAUGAAACUGUACAUAUUGCAGUGUGAAUUUUUUUGUUUUGUUUUUUAAUCUUUUAGCGUUUACUUCCUGCAGUGAAUUUGAAUAAAUGAGAAAAAAAUGCAUUA